AUGAGUGAAACCAAAUCAAAGGACAGCUAUCAAAAAUAGAAUUUGAUCGUCGUUGGCCAACAUUACGUAUUGAAAACCUGCAUUUACAGAGGCAAGAAACAUAACUGGUAUUUGGCCCUCAAUCAGGCUCAGCCAGGUAACUACUUCAUCGUGAGAUUGGUAAUGUAAAUAAUUCUUUAAAUUCUAUUGUUAGUUCAUUUACCUGAUAGGCAAACACAAACAUCGACAGUUUACAAGAGGAAGAAAAACUCCUUAAGAAGUUGGCAAAUGGUGAGUUUUUAACUAAUAUUGUUUUCAGUUCCCUACAUGCCGACUCUUCAGAUUUCAGGAGAUGUUCGUCUGCAGAAUACCAACUAUUAUUACUAAGUAUUUGACAGAUAUGGACCAAGUCUCAAACUUUGUUUCUAAUUUGUCAAUUAUGAAUUCACAUUACCAACCAUUUGUAUGAUUGCUAUACAAAUUUUAAACAUUCUCGAAAAACUCCAUAAUCAAUCAAUUGUUCAUUGCAAUCUCAGACCCAAAAAAAUAUUAACUCAACUUGGCAAAAAUGAUUUGGUACUCAUUGAUUUCUAACAUUCAACCAAAUACAAACACAAGAAUGGCAAAUUCAUAGGAUAUGCAUCCAAAUUUUCCAAUCUCAACAAAUUAACCAAAUACUCUAGUCUAAAUCAGCAUUUAGGUUUAACUGCCUCCCCAAAAGAUGAUCUGGAAUCCCUAGGAUUUAUAUUGAUGUAUUUCCUCAAGAAGGGAGACUUGUUCAAAGUCAAAGAGCAUGGAUCCAAAAUUAAGAAAAUGGAAGAGCAAAAACUGAGAAUGAUUCCAGAAAAAUAUUGCAAAGACAUGCCAAUAGAAAUACUCCAAUACUUUUAGUUUAUCAGAAUGACCAAUGUGUAAUAGUAUCCCUUGGGUGAUUACGAAUUCCUAAAGAAACUAUUUAGAAAUUUACUUCAGUAAUUGAGUGUCAAUGAAAAAGAUUUUUAAUACGAUUGGAUCAAAAAGAUGAAUUCAUAACAAACAAGUUAACAACAAAUGCAGCAAACCCAAAAAGACUCCACUAAUCAAAACCAAACUUAAACUAAAAUUGUUAUUCAUCAACCUCAAAAUCUGGAAGGGAUUCAAGAAGUGCAAACUGAAUUGGAGAGAUCUUCAAUAAAACGAGAAUUCUAUAGAUAAAUCUCAUCCUUAUGUAUUUCUGACGAAGAAGACAAAUAAUUUGAGAGUGUUAGCACAAAAAUGCUUCAACUCCCAAAUAUGUUUGAUUUAAUAAAACUAAAAAGUUGACCAUCAUCAAUUUUGUAUCUAUCUAUAUAUUUUUA